UUCCCAAUUUGAAUGAGGGAGAGGGAGAGACAGCCAUGGAGCUUAGGAGUGGAGCUUUGCUAUGGGGAGUGGUUCCUUUUUUGGCGAUGGUCACCUUGGAAGGCUGCACCAUUGGACUAACUAUUUUGGCUAAGACAGCCAUUACUUAUGGAACCAACACCUUUGUUUUUGUUGUCUACACAAACGCUGUUGCUUCCUUCCUUCUUCUUCCUUAUUCCUUCCUUUUUCACUUCAACGACAGAACGGAUUAUCAACAAUCUUUGUUUUCCUUUCCUCUUCUCCUCCGAAUCUUCCUCCUCGGCUUCACUGGGAUAUGUGUCUCUCAGAACCUUGCGUUUUUGGGCCUAAGCUACAGCUCUCCAAUUGUUGUAUGCGUAAUGGGUCUUAUGCUUCCAGCCAUUUCUUUCAUUCUCUCAAUCCUUCUCAGGAGAACAAAAAUUAACUGGAAAAGUCCAAGUUUCAUUACAAAAGUAGUUGGCACAGUUAUAUCAGUUAUAGGAGCUACAUCGGAGGAGCUUUACCUAGGCCCCGUUGUUCGUCAGCAUCCAUCUUCUUCUUUACAUUUACAAUUCAAACAAAAGCUCUUGGUCUUCACUUCAACCACAGAUCGUUGGAUCAUGGGUGGCCUUUUAUUAGCAGCUGCCACUCUAUGUGUCUCAAUAUGGAACAUCAUUCAGUUGGGUGUGGUGAAACAAUACUCACAAGUCAUGAAAGUUGCCUCCUUUUAUAGUUUGGUGGGCAGUUUAAUGUCCGCAGCCAUGGCUUUCUUUAUUGUCGAUGACUUGAAUGCAUGGAUAAUCAAAUCAAAAUUCGACAUCUUUCUAAUCAUUGCAACGGGUGUUUUUAGCGGUUUGAUUAGGAAUCGAGUGCAAAUAUGGUGCAUGCAAAUGAAAGGGCCAUAUUACGUGCCCAUGUUCAAGCCGUUUGGUAUUCUUUUUGCUACUUUCUUUGGCUCCACCUUUUUUGGAGAUACUUUCCACUACGGAAGUGUGAUGGCGGCGUUCAUAGCUGGAAUGGGAUAUUUGACUGUAAUGUGGGGGCAAAUGAAUGAAGAUCAAGGAAGAGAUGAUGAAAGCAACGAUGAUUUGUCUUCUUCUAGAGUUCCACUUCUGGAUGAAGAAUCAAAAGUGUAAAAUACAAUAUCUAAUAUGAUCAGAAGAAGUUAUUUUGGAAUGAAUUCUGAUCAUAUGAAGCUUUUUGUUUUCAUGGAAUCUCAAUCUUUGGCGUUGAGAGGAAUUGUAUAUAUAUUGUUCUAGUGUUGAGUGGGAUCCUUUGUGUUUUUGUAUAAAUGAAAUGAUGAUUGUUUUUUUUCUUA